GGAGCUUUCCCCAAAGACGAGGCGAAGCUUCCAUACCAGACAUGGAUCAGCUGCUGAGAUAUUCUGCCUGUCUCCUCUUCUUCCUGGCUCCUCUAAGCACCAUGGGGCACCCGAUCCAUGCGCCUUCCCAGGAGAGAUUUAAGCGACAAGCGAAAGCCCCAAAGACAGAGCUCACUAUCUCAAGGUUCUUGGUGCGCUCAGCCAUCGUGUCCCGUUACGCUUCCACCCGGGUGUGGAUGUCCAUGAACAACCCUCACACCGAGGCCAAGGAAGCCAUCUUUGAUCUGGACCUGCCAAGUUCAGCCUUCAUCUCUAACUUCACCAUAACUGUUAAUGAGAAGACCUAUGUGGCCGAGGUGAAAGAGAAGCACCAGGCAAAGAAGAUGUACAAUGAAGCCCGCCAGCAGGGGAGGACAGCUGCCCACGUCGGCACCAAGGACCGAGAAACCGAGAAAUUCAGGGUGUCUGCCAACGUGGAGGCUGGAGGCAAGGUCGCCUUUGAGCUGACUUACGAGGAACUGCUGCAGCGUCACCUGGGCAGGUAUCAGCACGCCAUCAGCAUCCGGCCCCAACAGGUGGUCAGGAACCUCAGCGUGGAAGUGAGCAUCUCCGAGCGUACCGGCAUUGACUACGUGCAUGUCUUGCCCCUCCGCACGAGCCGGCUGCUGACCAACACCCUCCGAGGGGACUCUGAGGUUCCACCGUCCACUCGAGUGGAGAAAGGGACACACUGCGCUUGGAUAGUCUUUGCCCCGACGCCCCAGGAGCAGGCGGCUUACUCCAACUCAGGAAUCGUGGCCGAUUUUGUAGUUCAGUAUGAUGUGGCCAUGCCGGACGUGGCAGGUGAUGUACAGAUCUACAAUGGCUAUUUUGUGCACUACUUCGCCCCUCGGGGGUUGCCCCCUGUUCAGAAGGACGUGGUGUUUGUGAUCGACAUCAGCGGCUCUAUGUAUGGCACGAAAAUGAAACAGACCAAAAAGGCCAUGCAGGUUAUCCUGAGCGACCUACACCAAGAUGACCACUUCAACAUCAUCACUUUCUCUGACACAGUGAACGUCUGGAAGCUCGGCCAGUCCCUCCCAGCGACCUCUCAGAACAUCCGGAAGGCCAAGGACUACAUCAGCAAGAUGGAAGCAGAUGGAUGGACAGACAUCAACGCAGCUUUGCUCGCCGCCGCCUCCGUCUUCAACCAGAGCUCCGCCACAGCGGGAAAGGCAAUGACAGAACAGAGAAUCCCGCUGAUCAUCUUCCUGACGGAUGGCGAGCCCACCUCUGGCGUGACAGCCGGCAGCCGCAUCCUCGCCAACGCCCAGCAGGCUUUGAGGGGCACCAUCUCGCUCUUCGGCCUGGCCUUCGGGGAUGACGCAGACUACGGGCUGCUGAGGCACCUGUCGCUGGAGAACAGGGGCGUGGCCCGGCGUAUCUACGAGGACGCUGACGCCACCCUGCAGCUGAAGGGCUUCUAUGACGAGAUCGCCAGCCCUUUGCUCUAUGAUGUGGAGCUGGCCUAUCUCGACGGGGUAGCGCAAGACCUCACCAAGAACCUCUUCCCCAACUAUUUCCAGGGCUCUGAGCUGGUCGUGGCCGGGAAGGUGAAGCCAGGGGCGUCCGAACUGCGGGUACGCACUACGGGGCACGGCCAAGAGGGACCCCUCAACUUGGAGAACGACAUUUCGGCCAACGGCACGGAAGCCUCCUUCGGUUGCCUUGGAGACGCCGGACAGAUCAGUCGCUUUGUGCAGAGGCUCUGGGCCUACUUCACCAUCCAGGACCUCCUUCAGGCUCGGUUCCGGGCCAACGACACAGCAGCCCGACGCCUGCUGACCGAAAAGGCCACAAACCUGUCUCUCAAGUACAACUUCGUCACGCCCGUCACCUCCCUGAUAGUGGUGAGGCCGGAAGAGAAGAGAGAUAAGGGGCAACCGGCCAAAGCGACCGUCCCUCCCAGAAACCAGGGGCCACCGGCCAAAGUGACUGUCCCUCCCGGAGUGACCAGAGCACUUAAAGUUGCGCAAGCCUCAGGAACAACUGCGUUGCCGUGGCUCUCCAAAGUGGCUAAAACCACUCCUGGGGUGACCCAUGCCCCGGUGGCCAUCACAAAAGCCCUCAAGAGCACAGUAGGGCCUGGAGCUGUUCCCACCACCUUGGUUCCAACAACUGGAAUCACCAAACCGGCCAAGCCCACCUCUUUCCCAGGUGCUGCCCUAACCACUGUUGCCGCCAGCAGCCAUGCUACCCCCGCCAAAGUAACUAAAUCCCCCCCAGUUCAAGCUCCUCCUCUAAUCCACAGCUCCACCAAGCCGCCAAGAGCUGCCCCCUCCAUCCGGGCCACCAGAGCGCCUGUCAAAAACCUCAAACCCAGUCCGACCAGAGGCGGUAGGCCCAGGAUAACGGUUCAACCUCACUCGGUUCAGGAGACGAGAGGGACGGCCAUGACCAAAGUCCUGGGAGGGGCUGCCGGCACGGUCCUCGGCGUACCGACUACCGUGUACCCGCUCGGCAAUGCCAAGGUUCUUGGGAAUGAUUCCAGUGGCGGCGGGCAGCACCAGACCACUCUGCAGCCAGCCACCAAGCCUCAGCCACACACCCACUGGCCGGGGGGUGCCACUCGGAUGGAGACAGGGAAUAUCCCUUGGAAUAAGACGAUGCUCAAGGGUGGGACAGCGGUGGAAGCGGGCACCAUGAAGCCUUUGCAGAAUGGCACUGUCCCGUGGGGCGCCAUACCUGGAGGGACAUCCCCGCCUCCCCAGGGAACAGAAUUCACCAGCUCGAUUCCAGGCGUGACACCAGCCACCAACAUUAGCCUCUUCCUCUUGCCUGGAGAGUCCGAGCUGCUUGCGACCACCGACCUGGACGUGGAAUACGUGGAGUCGCUGAAUCCGCCCGCAGUGUAUGGUUUUUUCACAGCAGGGCAACAGCCAGAUGGCAUGGAUUAUGAAGAUUACACAGAUUUCUUAGAAGAGCGGGAGAGCGAUUCAGGUACAAGGGGAGGUGCCUCCAAUGGGGGCUUCUUCACCUUCUCCUCUUGGGUGGAUGGAGACCCUCACUUCGUAGUACGGUUACCGCGUUCACUUGGAAACGUGUGCUUCACCCUGGACGGAGCCCCAGGAGACAUACUGAACUUGGUGAGCGACCCUCAGACAGGGCUGGAGGUCAACGGCCACUUAAUGGGCGCUCCGUUAAGGCCGGGUCAUGAAGAACGUCCCCGCACCUACCUCGACGCCAUUAGCGUGGCAGUCAGCCACCCGCGGGCAACCUACGUGGUCAACAUGACGCGGGAGGGGGUGACGCUGCACGGGGAAGACACACUGGUGUUGCCGUUCACCCAGAGGGCCAUCGUCCGGAGGACGCUGCUGGCGAUUUCUGUGUGGCCAGAGGCCAACGUCACCCUCUGGAUCGGCCAGGGGGUGGAGUUCCUUAUCCUGCUCCAUCGCUACAGCCACCCCACUUCCCUGCAGCUGGACCACCUGGGCUUCUACAUGGUGAACGGCGCAGGGCUCUCUGCUUCAGUGCAAGGCCUGUUAGGCCAAUUCCAGCAUGGUGACUUCAGGCUUUCCCCAGACCCUGUCCAGGGGACGCAAGACGCCUGGCUCUGGAGGGAUGCUCACAUGGUGCCGGUUACGGAGGUCACCAAGGUGCUGAAGGAUUCCUCUCGGAGGGCGCACGAGGCCCCCUGCUGGCUGGUGAAGCGUAAGGAUGUGGAGGAGCUGUUGGGGGCUCCCUACGGCUCCUUUCUGGCCUCCCACAUGCUGGAAAUGUGA